AUGGUAGAAAAUGAAAUUGACCAUCAUACAGAUGCAAACACUUUAAAAAAAAGAAAACAGUUGGAUGUUAAUAGUAAACAAAUUGUCUUGCACAAGAUAACACCGUUAUCAUCAAAAUGGCGUGAGGCAAUAGAAAAACGUAUAGAAGAUGAGAGGCAACUUACAAUGCAAGCAGUGGGCAACGGAGCCAAAUCGAACCCAGGUUUAUUUUGGAACCUAUCUGGAACUUUUCUGUUUUCUGUUUACGUCAUGACUGCUUUAGGUUUUGGUGCACCUGUACCUCACACAAUUUUGGGAAGAAUUUCAGCUUUAGUCUACGCAAUUUUGGCUGUUCCAACACAUAUCUACCUAAUGUGGAAUGUAAGCACAUGUAUUGUAGUAAAUAUAGAACAACGCACCGAAAAAAUGAAGAGAAAAUAUUGUGCCCAAAAGAAAACCAUAAGAGAGAAAUCGGAUUUAGAAAGCAUUAAAGGGAAUUCGAAUCGCAGUGAAAAGUCGGAAGUGUUCAAAAAACAGACUUUACACAGAUAUAAAUUUUUCGUGAUGUUGGGAAUAUUCUGCUCAGAUCACUGCAUUUUAUUGUCAAUGGCGAUAUACUACGUAUUUGGCGUGGUGGGUUUCGGCGUACUACGGAAUAGAACGCCGUUAGAAAUUGUUAUGUUCCCGCUCGAGUUCACAACUACUGGAGGUUUGGAAAAUGUCACAGGCUACGUCCGCAUCAUCUACGGAUUCUACGUUGAAGGUGCUAUGUGCCUACUUGCGUGUCUUGUAUCAAAUAUACGUCGGUUCAGUAGCAGUCCCGUGACUUGUAUGUUAGAAAACUAUAGAUUAUUUAAUAGCUCCGACUGCGCCGAAUGCUAUAAUGAUGAGGAGUGCAAAAUUAUACGUAUAUCGUAA